AUGGCAAUAUCCACAGUUAAGCCUAGAUGGCUGGAAAUCGUCAUUGAGGGAUAUGCAAAUGAUGCGCAGGCGCAGAAACUUCUCACAGAGCUCAGCCUGACCAAGAGCAACGAGCAAGGAUUUAGCCUGCAAGAUGGAGUUCUGAGACACAAAGGUCGUGUUUGGCUGGGUAGUCACAAAUCAGCACAUGAUGCAGUCUUGCAGGCCUUGCACAACAGUGGCCUCGGAGGGCACUCUGGGCGCCUGGCAACAUACCACAAGGUCAAGCACUUGUUCUCGUGGCCUCACAUGAGGCGGGACAUAGACAACUUUGUUCAACAAUGCAGCACAUGCCAACAGGCGAAAAGUGAACAUUGCAAAAUCCCCGAACUGCUGCAACCCUUGCCCAUACCCACAGAAGCGUGGCACACUGUCAGCCUCGACUUCAUCGAAGGGUUGCCGUCAUCAUACCACUAUGACACAAUCUUGGUGGUGAUUGACAAACUCACAAAGUAUGGACACUUCAUACCCCUCAAGCAUCCCUUCUCCGCAGUAUCCGUAGCUCGCAUAUUUCUUGACAAUGUGUAUAAACUGCACGGCAUGCCCAAGGUCCUCAUAUCUGAUAGAGACAAGAUUUUCGUCACCCUGGGGAGAUCUCCAUUUGAGGUACUGUAUGGGCACAAGCCUCGUCACUUUGGGAUUCAGAACACGCUGCAACCUGCUGUGACAGAUGUGGAACAUUGGCUACAUGAGCGCAAGGUGAUGCUACCGAUUUUCAAGCAGCACCUGGAGCGUGCGCAAGCUAGAAUGACCCGUCAAGCCGACAAGAAAAGAGUCGAGCGGCAGUUCAUGGUGGGAGACAUGGUUUACCUAAGGCUCCAGCCCUAUGUACAAACAUCAGUGGCUCAACGAUCCUCGCAGAAGCUAGGAUUUAAAUACUUCGGGCCCUUCAAGGUGCUGAAGCGCAUUGGUGCAGUGGCUUACAAGCUGCAACUUCCUCCGGAUGCUCGAAUUCACCCAGUCGUCCAUGUCUCGCAGCCCAAGCAAGCCAUCAAAAGCUCUGAUCCGGUGAGUCAUGUGCUACCUUCUUACCUGAUUGAAUACAGGGACUCCGUGAUGCCGUGCAGGGUGGUGGCGGAACGAUUUAUUAAAAUGAAGAGAAAGCAUGUGAGCAUCCUUAGCUAUUAUACAUUUAGUUCUGUUGGUAGCAGUGAACCUGAGCAUGUUGAACCUGAAGCUGAACCUCAACCUGAUCCUGAGCAUGUUGAAUCUCAAGCUAAACCUGAAUGUGAAAAUGAACCUGAUCCCCAAAUUGUUGAGAGCAAUGCCACCACAUUUGAUGAGCCUCAUGAGAGUACAAACCAACCAAGUCAGCUUAUUCAAGAAUUUCAUCCAAGUCAAAAUUAUUCAUGA